GACUUUUCAUCCUUGGUGCAAGGCAGAGCCUGUUGAGCACAGUACACCGUGAUACCAACAUCAGUGCUGACACGUGGAACGGGCAGGAACAUGCAGAAACUCCCCCGGGCAUGGAGAGCAUCGCUGCAGAAAGUUUCGCUCAAGAAGACUUUGCCUACUUCAUGAAGGUUGCUUGUGGGAAUGACACAGUUGUGCCUCGCGGAGAAUCAUCGGCUCCGGCAAUACUGGGCAGGGUGCCGGUGUGCGAAAAGAGGGCGGUUCUGCUUUGA